UUUUUCAUCUGUUUACAGAAUCCACAAGCUAAGUUAACCCAUCACAACAUAAUCAACAUAUAAACGUUGAGUCGUUGACAUAUAUAAAAUUAUAUAAGGUUUCUUUGCUACACACAAUCUUCAUUCUCUCCGGAGAGCUUAGUUCCCGUUAGAAAUUAGCAUCUGAAAAUGGAGAUCACAAACGUAACCGAGUAUGAAGCGAUUGCAAAGGAGAAGUUGCCUAAGAUGGUAUACGACUACUAUGCCUCUGGUGCAGAAGACCAAUGGACUCUUCAAGAGAACAGAAACGCUUUCGCAAGAAUCCUGUGAGUUUUUCUUUUUCUUACGGCAAGAGUAACACUUCAUGUUAUUGGUUACACAAGAGAUGUGAAUUUGAUAUACGUACUUUUGGAUGUUUAAACAGCUUUCGACCUCGGAUUCUGAUUGAUGUGAGCAAGAUUGAUAUGACAACAACCAUCUUGGGUUUCAAGAUCUCCAUGCCCAUCAUGGUUGCUCCUACUGCCAUGCAGAAGAUGGCUCACCCUGAAGGAGAAUAUGCUACGGCUAGAGCUGCCUCUGCUGCUGGAACCAUCAUGACACUAUCUUCAUGGGCUACUUCAAGUGUCGAGGAAGUUGCUUCCACAGGGCCAGGGAUUCGUUUUUUCCAGCUCUAUGUAUACAAGAACAGGAAUGUCGUUGAGCAGCUGGUGAGAAGAGCCGAGAGGGCAGGGUUCAAAGCCAUUGCUCUCACAGUAGACACCCCAAGGCUAGGUCGCAGAGAGUCUGACAUCAAGAACAGAUUCACUUUGCCUCCAAACCUGACAUUGAAGAACUUUGAAGGUCUCGACCUUGGAAAGAUGGACGAGGCCAAUGACUCUGGCUUAGCUUCAUAUGUUGCUGGUCAAAUUGACCGUACCUUGAGCUGGAAGGAUGUCCAGUGGCUCCAGACAAUCACCAAAAUGCCGAUUCUUGUCAAGGGUGUUAUCACCGGAGAGGAUGCAAGGAUAGCGGUUCAAGCUGGGGCAGCAGGGAUAAUAGUGUCAAACCAUGGAGCUCGCCAGCUUGACUAUGUCCCAGCAACAAUCUCAGCCCUUGAAGAGGUUGUCAAAGCGACACAAGGACGAAUCCCUGUCUUCUUAGAUGGUGGUGUUCGCCGUGGCACUGAUGUUUUCAAGGCACUUGCUCUUGGAGCCUCGGGGAUAUUUAUUGGAAGACCAGUGGUAUUCUCACUUGCUGCUGAAGGAGAGGCUGGAGUCAGAAAGGUGCUUCAGAUGCUACGUGAUGAGUUCGAGCUGACAAUGGCACUAAGUGGCUGCAGGUCUCUCAAGGAAAUCACCCGUAACCACAUCACCACCGAAUGGGACACUCCACGCCCUCCACACCCUUCGGCCAGGUUAUAGAGAGACCAAAACAACCAGCGAACAUGUAAUGUGAUGGCUACACUUUCUCAUAUUCUGAUUGGGUCUACUUUGCUACCCUAUCUAAAGACUUGUUUCUCCCUAUGUCGAAUCGCAAACUAUGCCUAGUGAUUCUUGUAAUAUUAUUUUGCUUCUUCUA